CUUGUUUUGUUUUGUGCAGUUUUGUAUUGGCUCGCUAGUGGAGAACACGCAUUUCCAACCACGAUUCAUGACAACCGCAACAGCAAGCAGCAUAGAGCAGCGCAGCCGGGUCCCCACAGUCUCGCCUUCGUCGGUCGAUCGGUGUAAAAAUAAAUGACUGCUUCGUAACGCGUGACGUGCGUGCGCUCCCGCAUUCGUUUCCCAAUCGGCGAGCGGCAACCGUCCCAAAUUUCAGCUCUCGUGAUAUUAUCCUGGUGCAGCGUCGCGUAGUGUCCGUUGGUUUGGUGCGUUCGGAUCGUUGGUUUGUCGCUUCAAUGCUCGUGAAGAUGUGGCCCGCCGUCGGUCUUCCGGCACCGCCGCAAAGCCGCCUCUCCGCGCAGACUUUCAGUGCGAAACGGAAAAAUUCCGCAUGGACUAUUUCCACAUACACCGCCAACCUAUGACAUAACACGUACGGCUUUCGCUAACACAUUCUUACAGCAACAAUUUACAUACAUUCAAGAAUAAAUAAAAUACAACCAACACACAAUCACAGUUGAAAAAAAGUAACUAACAAAAUUCAAUACGAAACAAACACAAAUUACAACCUGGUGACUCGCGAUUGUAAUAAAAUAUUUUAAAUAAAUGGCAAAUUCUUUGAAGCGCAAUCGAUCGCGUCGCAGAAUCGCCGCAAUCACGUUCCUGUCGAAUAUCUCACUCGACGGCAGCUAUCGCGAUACGAGACUUUGUCUUCUUCCGCGGAAUGGAGCCAUCAACAAAACCGAUGUUUCCGCUCUGGGUGCCGACCUCAAGUGUAAACAGGAGCCGGUGCAUGAAGAAUCCGACGAGCCGGACGAUUGUUUCAGUGAUUCCGAGCACGUCGUCAACCGGCGUGUCGAAACAAAUCGUCUUGUGACAUGCAAAAAUGUCGACACACACUCAUUGAGCUCCGACUCGGAAAGUGUGCAGACUCCAAGCAAAACUCUCGAUGAUGGUAAACCGUUUCGAGAACGCAGCGGCACAGCUACUUCAGGCAGUGACCUAGUCGAAGGCGCGCGGAAAAUCCCCAACAAAUUGAAGAAACGCUUCGCGUAUCAGAACUCCAUCAGCAGUGAUUAUGAAAAACAUCAUUAUGGAAGCAGUUCGGAGAGUAUCGGACCCAUUGGCAUUCGGAGUAAAAUGAGCCCGGCACCGCCGAGCAUCCCCGAAACAUUGAAGAACGAAGUGCGUUUCAUUAAACCCAACAAGAAUAUGAAACUCAAGGACGAGCGGAUUGUCAUGGUGUCGAAUAAACACACGCCGUUUAUGAUCUGUUCGUUGAUUCCGUACACGCGACCAAGGAGUGGACGGCAGGAGUUCAGGCGAGAUGGAAACCGGAAGCGGAAUACUUCAGGACCGCGGCCAUUGUCAGCUCUCGGCGAUGGUUUGGAUCCUUUUGAGUCUUUUGGUCUUGAAAAGGGUUUAGAUGGACAGGAAAUUUCCUACGGGCAUUUAUUGGUUCCGUCGAGAUUACGACCCGGUAGUAAACCGCAAAGCGUCGAUGAGCCAAUGGAAGGCUCGUCAAAACGUUCGAAAACAGGCCGACAUGUUGUUGCCAGGACUAAGGUUAUUACUUGGCAGCCUGAUUACAAAUGGUGUUUCUCGUACGAUCAAGGCUCGCAGCGUGCAUCGGCGCAUGUUGUCACGACCUCACCGCCGCCGGACUCCAAGGACGAAAACGUGCCCUCGAUUUACCAUCCGAAUCUACUCGAUGAUCCUGAGCUAAUCGCUGGUAAACACCGCACGCUUCUAACCUUUUCAUCUUACAUGACGUCUGUGAUCGACUACGUGCGUCCUUCGGACUUGAAGAAGGAAAUUAAUGAUAAAUUCCGUGAGAAAUUUCCGCAUGUGCAACUCACGUUGAGUAAACUGCGCAGUUUGAAGCGUGAAAUGCGAAAAAUCGCCAAGGCAGAUUGCGGAACGGAUAUGGUCACCGUUGCGCAAGCGUACGUGUACUUUGAGAAGCUCAUCCUUCGAGGAUUGAUUAAUAAAGAGAAUCGUAAGCCUUGCGCAGCCGCGUGUCUCUUGCUGUCGGCGAAAAUGAACGACAGUAAAGGCGAUGGAUUGAAAGCGUUGAUUGAACGCAUCGAAAGCGUUUUUCGCUUGAAUCGAAGGGAAUUGAUGAACGCUGAAUUCGCGGUGCUUGUGGCGCUCGAAUUUGGUCUUCAGGUGCCCACCUUCGAAGUUUAUCCGCACUAUCAGCGGUUGAUGUACGAAUCUUGACCUAUUGUCAUCAGGGGCGCACUGGUGAUGACCGUAGUCCAAUUGUAACACAUCUCUGUACAUAAUUGUCUAUAAUUUGAUUGUUUUUUGACGAUCAACGCGUUCGUUCGUUGAAUUUUCAAGCGUUUGUUAAGCGUUUUGCAGCCACAGCUGCAAACUUGUUUUUGUUUUGACGUUGAUUUUUAUUUUUUUAUCAUCAGUUGAAUCAUUAUAUUAAUGAUGCGCUCAGACGUUGUUAAUGUGAAAGCAGAAAGUGUGUAGACUGAUUUUAUAUCAAAGUUUUGAUUAGGAUGUCCUUAGUAUGAUGAGUAGAAUUGUUAGUACUUAAUGUAUUUGCGGAUACUUACAGGCACUCGAUGAUACUUAGCAUUUUACGUGUUACACACAUUUUGUAGAGCAAGGUUACGUUUUUCAUAUGAUCUAUUGUGUGCAAAUGAAAGGUGAUAUCAUAAUCUAAUCUUUAAAUCUUACACGUUGAUUGAAAUGCAUGUCUAGCAGCGCUACUUUUAAUACAUAUUAGUGCACACACCAUAAGGCGAUGUAUUUUUAUCGUGUAGAUUUUUAACUCUCGCAGGAUUUACGAAAUACUUACUCUAGACAAAGUGAAGAAAUCUGAUUAUAUUUGUAAAUGGGUGCAAACAAAUGCAUUGGUUUGUGAGAUGGGAUACUUAAGUCGGUAAUAAACCUUUAUCUGUUGAUAUGAAUCAUAAAUAA